CCAUUUUGGUCAUAGACUGCGGCGGUGUUGCCAAUAAUUGUGUGCCGCAUAUUUCGGCAGUUGUCAACUGUUGGUUAAACCGAUCGGUACGCUAGGUAGCCACCUCCACCGCCACUGCCACGCCCCCGAAUCGACGUCCAAAUCCACAUCCAUUUCCUGCCCUCAAACGAAUCCAAAGAGAAAUUGGCCAGCCAGCCAAAGCGAAGCGAGCGAGCUGCUUACAAAGUACCACAUUAGUGAUAGGUACUCGUAGAUAGAUAUAUAGAUAUAUAUACGGUGAUAUUGAUGCACUUGAGCGUGGCGUUGUGGGCAUGUGGAGCCCUCCUGGCGGUGCUCCUCACCUGGCAGCAGCGGAAAUCCUGGCGGCUCAUCUGGCAGCUCAAUGGAUGGCGCGGAGUGGUCCAGCAGCCACUGCUCUGGAUUCUGCUGUGCCUCAACCUGCAUCCCAACAGCAUUCUGGAGAAGGUGACACAGUAUCGGGUGUACUUUCAGAGUCCAAUGGCCGUCCUCGUGGGCACCCGUGUGCUCGUCUAUAUCGAUGAUCCUGCCGGAAUGGAGUGUAUCCUGAAUGCCCCCGAGUGUCUGGAUAAGACCUUUCUGCAGGAUGGCUUCUUCGUUCGUCGCGGCCUGCUUCAUGCAAGAGGACAGCGAUGGAAAUUGCGAAGGAAACAACUUAACCCAGCCUUUAGUCACAAUAUCGUUGCCAGUUUCUUUGAUGUCUUUAACUCGGUGGGCAACCAAAUAAUCGAACAGUUUCUAUCCCAGCCCAAUCUCCAUGGAAAGGGUGUUAAGUUCACAGAUGCCGAGGAUUUGCUCAGUCGCGCUGUUCUGGAGGUAUCCUGUUUGACUAUUAUGGGCACACCAACCAAUUUCACGCAAAUAGAUGACGCACAUAUUGCCCACAGUUACAAGCGACUGCUGGAGAUCUCAGCUGUGCGGGUGGUGAAGCCAUGGCUCCAGAUCCGCCUACUCCACCGCCUUUUGGCCCCGGAACUUUACGAGGAGUCCAGGAAGUGCUGCAAAUUGCUGGCCGACUUUGUGGGCGAAAUUGUGAGGACCAAGCAUCGCAACUGGCGGCUGAGGGACGCCGUCGGUGGGGAGACUCCUGGCGAGGAUUCGUCCGCCGGCUGGCAGCGGCGCAUCUUCAUCGAGCAGAUCUUCCAAUUGGCCGCCAAUGGGGAGAUGACCCUCGAGGAGAUCAUGCACGAGGCACAGUCCAUGGUUCUGGUGUCCUUCGAGACGGUGUCCAACAGCAUUAUGCUGGCCCUGCUCUGCCUGGCCACCAACAAGGGCGACUGCCAGCGGCGAUUGCUGGCGGAGAUCAGGGCCGUGGUGCCGGACAGUGGGCACGUGGGCUUGGAGCAACUGCAGCAGCUGCGCUACCUGGACGCCUUCGUCAGCGAAUCGCUGCGUCUGUUGGCCACGGUGCCAAUGAAUUUGCGCCACGUCAGUCGCGAUUUCCAGCUGACCGGACGGGAUGCCAUUGUGCCGCAGAACAGCAUCAUUGUCCUGGACACCUUCAAUAUGCAACGCGACGAACGCUGGUGGGGACCCACCGCCAAGCAGUUCGAUCCGCAGCGGUUCCUCGACCACGAGGAGCAGUCCAAGGGUCACGAUAAUCCAGGAUCGGGAUCGGGUUCGGGAUCGGGAUCCGGAGAGCCACGGAGACAGCGGGAUCGGCGCCACUCCUACAGCUUCCUGCCCUUCUCCAAUGGACUGCGCUCGUGUAUCGGUCGCCGCUAUGGACUCUUUAUUAUGAAGGUUUUCCUGGUCAAGCUGAUCUCGAACUUUGACUUUCAGAGCGAUUUCGAGUUGGAAAAACUGCAGUUCGUGGAGAACAUAUCGCUAAAGUUUAAGAACGCCGACGAUAUCUUGCUGGCAAUCCAGCCACACAAGCAGUCGAAGGAGUCCCUAUAAUAAAAUCAUUUUUUUCUUGAUAAAUAUAUAAUACAUUUAAAUACAUUUUUUUUUAAACCUAAUGUACAUACAAUUUUACAAUGUAAUAUGUAAAUGAUUAUUACACAACGGUUAUUUUUCAUGUAUCUUACGUGGUCCCAAUAAAAUGUCCUUGUUUUAAUGACAACAA